AACGCACUCAACUGUUCCCACAGAAAUCGAGAGGGAAUUUCUUGGCCGCAGCAGCAGCAGGCGGCAGGAGAGAAGCCCACCGUCCUCCUGUUAUCACACCACCGCGCGGUGAUGUGCCUCUGAGGCACGCUGUGUGACGCCGCUGAAGGUGGCUGAAGCCUCGCUCAAAACAUCACAAACAACAACCUUCCAGAAAAGUUAAACAUUGUCCAAAGUGGCAGUGGCCUGUCAGUGUCGUGCUUGCGUUCGAAAAGACGGUGAUAAGAAACCAUUAGGUGCCGGUCAAGUGCAAUCCUCCAACCCAACCCUAUAAAAGACUUCGUCGACGUUUCAGUUUUCACUGCAUUGCAGGAAAGCAUGGCUGGCAGCAUGUAUUGGAAUCCUCUAUCUUUUCUUGGAGCAGAUCCCGUUGAACCUUUUAGCUUGGUCAUACUUAAUCAGCCGAUAUCGAUAAAAAAAGAAAUCAUGGCUCACUUAUGGAAUAAAGCUACAUUCCGUGUUACUGUGGAUGGUGGAACAGACCGUUGGUUUGAGUGGCUGGAAAGCUCAAGUAUAUGUGGUAUUUUGAAUUUAGGUUUACCAGAUGUAGUAACAGGUGAUCUGGAUUCUAUUCGAUCUAGUACUGUUGCAAUGCUUCAGGAGAAGUCUGUUCCUGUAUUUCAUACACCUGAUCAAGACUUCACAGAUUUCUGCAAAGCCAUUCGUUGCAUUAAGGAAAGAGACGCUCCAAGCUUGAUAGUAGCAGUAUGUGAAGUGAGUGGUCGCUUGGACCAAAUUUUAUCCCAAUUGAACACAUUGCACAUGUUUGAAGAAUGUAUAGUUCUUCUUUCUUCAUGCAGUGCUACAUGGCUUUUAAAACCAGGAAGCCAUGAAAUAAAUGUUUCCAAUUUAAAGCACAAUGAUAUUUUAUCUGAUGACCGUUGGAUUGGAUUAAUUCCUGUUGGCGCCCCAACUAUUGUAACAACAUCAGGCCUCAAAUGGAAUCUAAAAAACCAAGAGAUGAAAUUUGGUGGAAUGAUCAGUUCCUCAAAUACUUAUGGCAAUGAUCCUGUAAUCAAAAUUUCAGCAGAUCAGCCUCUUAUAUGGUCCAUGGGUAUUUCAAUUUCAAGUAUUACCACAGGAAAAACACAAAAUGCUAAUGAAUAAUUUUAACAGAUCUCACAGGGUUUUCUAUUUUUAAACAACUAUGAGUUCUUUUUGUGUCCUGGACGGAGUUGGUACUCAACUCACAAUUAACUAGAUUCUAGUGAUAGUAAUAAUCUAACAAUGUGUUCUAGGAGAUAAAUUACACAUUAAUGCGAUUCUCUUUGGCCCAGCGCUUCACAAUACGAAUAAUCAUUUCAACUUGAGAAUUUGCAGUGUUCCUCAAAAGACUGAUAACAUCUGUUAAGAGUUCCCUAAAAGAAUGAAAGGAAAUACAGUUUAAGUAACACCAAA